GUUUUAUGGUAUCUGAAGAGUGGUGGAGGGUGGCAUCAGGUAUGUUUGGUGCGGUGUGGGAGGUGUGUGAAGUGUGUAAAGCGCAGCAGUCCAUCAGUGCAUCACCGCGACAAGAAAAAGGAAGAAAAACUAAAAUGUCCAACAUCAUUAGCUGCUGCUGCUGUGACUUUUAAUCGAUUUAUUGCGGGUUUUACGGGGGUCGUCUUGUGUUAUCUCCGCUGAAAAAUGGACACGGACACAAUUCCCGAUAUCCCCAAUGACAACCCGGAGACAUACUGCCGGUUGUGUUUUUCCGGCUUCUACGUGGAACCGCUGUUUCCACCGGACGGAGAACCGAAGCAAGCGGUUAUUGAACUGAUCGGCAAGUUGGUGGACAUUCACGUGACGAUGGAGGUGGAUUAUCGCUGUGCGGUCUGUCGGAUGUGCCAAAUGACGCUGGAGGGGUUCCACAAAUACCGGGAACGGUGCCGAACAUUGGACGAUGUGUUGCAGAGGAAACGAUUGGAGUUUAUGCACUUUCAGGUGAAAGUGGAACAGCAAGAAGAAUUGGCACAGAAUGCAAUCGGGUUUGAAGAGGAUAUGGUUUAUUGUUUGAGCGAUACCGAUGAUGAGGGAGCUGUCAAUGAAGGAGGAAUGGCGCUUCACGGGGAAGGAUUGGUGGAGGAUGAUGGCGAAGAGCUGGACGAAGAGGUAGAGGAAGAACUGAUCAAGGGCGAUAUGUUGAUAAAACCUGAGCCAUAUAGAAUGGACGAGCACGGGGAAAGGGAACAAGAUGAGUACGACGACGAUGAUGAUGACGAUGGCCAGGGAGAGCAGACGACUCCGAGAAACCUGGAUGGGGAACAAGUAGUGUUGUUGGAAGAUUCAGAAGAAGACGAAAAAUCGAUGGAAACCUCUACCAGGGCCAGUAGUGAGGCGAAAGGUGAAGAACGGGAAAAAGAGGAACCGCUCAAACCGUUGCCAUUUGAGGUGAGCUCGGAUGGAGCCUAUCGUUGUCAGAUAUGUCAGGAAACGUUCAGGCUGAUGAAGGAGAUCAAAAAUCACAUCCGUAAGCAGCACCCUGAACAGUCGAUGAUAUAUUCUUGCCGUUUCUGCUCCAAGAAGUUCUCAGAGACUAAUUCUUUGCGGGCUCAUACCCGCUUCCACACGAUGGAUUUCCCCUUCUCUUGUGAAGAAUGUGGAGCGAAGUUCACGAUGAAGGCCCGACUGGAUAAUCACGUUUCACGCUACCACGAUAAGAACUCUCCGAGCUACACGGACAAGCGCUUCAAGUGUAGUCUUUGUCCGAGAAUAUUCCUACAGGAGUCGGGCCGUAAUUUGCAUAUGCUGCAUUUCCACGACUCGAAACCUACGGAAUUUCCGCCGACGGAAGCGAUUCCGGUGUUGCAGGUGUUGUCCUGUGAUGGAUGUAAUGAGCAUUUCGAUUCCAGAGAAGCAAUCGAUGCUCACUUUGCCGAACAUCAUGCUGAUCAGGACGAAGCAACGAAACCGAAGGUCUCCAAACGGCACAAAUGCCCGGAUUGUCCGAAAGUAUUCCGGCAUAGAACUGCUCUUCGUUCUCACUGUGUCAUAAAUCAUGGAACUAUGCCUCACAAGUGCGACAUCUGUGGGAGCAGCUUUGAGCGAAGAACUAAACUGGAGAAGCACAAACAGAACUGGCACGGGGAAGAUUCUAAGAAUAAGGUAUUGGAGCGCUACAAAUGUGACCAAUGCGAGCGAUUUUUCGUACGCAAUCAGGAUCGAUUCCGUCACGAGCAAGUUGUGCAUAAUAUCGAAUCUCCCGCAAAAUUGCCCACGGUAUGGGAAGGUCGUAAAAGCAACUUCCCCUGCUCCAAAUGUGAGCGGAAAUUUCCAUCGAUGAAAACAAUGCGAAUACAUUUCGCCCUCAAACAUCCGGACGUUCCGGUUCGCUUCAAAUGCACGGUUUGCUCAAAACUGUUCAAACACAAGACGUCUCUUCGAGAGCACAUGAUGAACCACACUGGCGAGCAUCCGUUCGGGUGCGAUCAGUGUGACGAAAGAUUCAUUCGAAAGAAGGACGUUGAUCGCCACAUGGAAGAGAUGCAUGGAUCGGACGACGAUGAUGGCGAAAAGAAGGUUCGCUUCCCUUGUCCUUACUGCCCCCGGAAGCUGAUGACGAAGACAGCUCGUGCGAUUCACGUAACACACAACCACGCUGACAAGGAACCCAUCGCUAAACAAGUUCUCUCGUCCCUUCCAAAGUCAAUGGCUUGUCAGUACUGCAAGAAGGUUUUCACCAACCGAAACACCCUCAAAUUGCAUAUCCUCAAUCAUCUGGGCAAGCUGCCUCAUCAGUGUGACCAAUGUGAUGCUGGUUUCUAUAAACCAGCUGAUCUCCUGCGGCACAAACAGCGAUACCACACCGGAGGGUCUUCCCUAUCCCUUGCCAAUCGCUUCAAGUGCGCUUAUUGUCCUCGCAUCUUCAUCCGCAAAUCCGCUCGCCGCUAUCACCAUACCGUAUUCCACGGUAUUGAAAGACAAGCAAAAGUCGCCUCGUCCACGACCGCCAGCGGUCAAAAGCGACAGCGAAUUAAAUUGGAGCCGGAUACUACAGAAUAUCCGUGUGCUCUGUGUUCCCUGGUUUUCGUCACCGGCCAAAUGCUACAGACCCACCACCAGCAGCACCAUGCGGAUCAACAGUUCUUCUACAAAUGCCCGCACUGUCCGAAACGCACCGUUCACAGAAAUGCGUACGUGUCUCAUAUUCGCUUACAUGUCGGUGGCUACCGUUACCCUUGCGAUCAGUGUAAUGUUAAAUUCGAUAGAAAAGUUCUUCUGAUUCAACACAAAAAGCGGUACCACUCGGACGACUCCAAGGACGUUCAGCGAUUUCUGUGUACUAUUUGCAAUCGCGAAUUUCUCCGCAACCAGGACCGCGUACGUCAUCAGAUCGUCGUGCACAACUAUCAGGUGCAGAGUACAGGAUCACAGCCGGCACCCAGCCCUGGACCAUCUUCCGGUGGCAAAAAAGGAUUGCUACUCAAAAUAAAACAGGAAAAGAUUGAGGUGGAACAAACAAAAGUGGAAGCAAGUGAACCGAUGGAGGAAACGUCCCCGCCGACGAAAAAAGUCUUUGCCAUCUCCAGCGAUGUGGAGGAAAUCGACGACGACGACGACGAUGACGAACAGCAGGAGGCGUCCGCAGAGUUGGCGCAAGAGCACCAAGAUGAACAGUAUCAUUCCGAGCAUGACGGCGGCCAGAAUGCUUCGGUGCCAACGAUCUCCAAUGUGGUUUCGAUCAAGGAGGAAGCGAUGGCCGCCCGGAAGGAAUUUAACGAAUACUAAGGUAGAUGUCGUCAUUUGUGUGUUUGGGCGUGUAUUAGACAGGUAAGAGAUGCAUUUAUUUCAAAUGAUUCCCGACAAAUAUAAUUACAUCCUAAUCCCGAGAAAUAUCUAGUAAUAAAGUUUUGCGAAUUUGAGAAAUUCGAA